ACGUACAUGGAUAAAGAGAAAACACAACUGUCAGCUCGAUCCAAAACUUUUGUCGCCUCCAAGAACCUUUCAAGGGUAGGCGUUCAUUUCCUGGAGUCUAUGCUACGUGGGCCAUGAUAAGAAGUACUUACUGAAUAGAUCAUCGUGUAUGAAGAAGAACACUUAAUGGGUCAUAUUCAAAUCUAAGAUUUAAAGGUCAGGAUCGUCAACGAAUCAUCUGUAUAAAAUUACACCUUCUAUAUGUUAGAAAAAGAAAAAACAUGCACGGUUCAGAUCAUUCUAAAGAUGCAAUCAGGGGUGUGGUCGAAACCUGCAACUGUACCAUAGUGACGUACGGUGGCACUGUACGUAUGAAAAUUCAAAAGACAAAACAGAGAUCAUUCCAUUUCAGCUCCAAAAUACAAAAACGUCUCUGAGAAUAAAAAGAAAAUCUCAUUUCCUGCCCAAAGAGCGGUUUUCAGAAUCCAACUUCCCGAGUUCCAAAAUCCCAUCAGAUUACAGAUCUCUCUCCUUCCUUUUCCAUGUCUCUGACUCUUCUCCUUCUUGUUCUGCUUCUCAUGGCCUUCGGAGCUUCUUCUUCCUCUUUUGCCAGCGGUAUCGAGAUCUCGAAGAUCCCUACGCGUUCGAUCCUCCGAUUGGUUGCGGUCCCCGAUCUUGUCGACGCCGCCGUCGAAUUGAACAGCUCGAAUUUUGAUCAGGUUCUCCAGGAGUCCCCAGCUUCGUACGCCGUUGUCGAAUUCUUCGCUCACUGGUGUCCUGCUUGCCGAAAUUAUAAGCCUCACUAUGAAAAAGUUGCAAGGCUUUUCAAUGGACCUGAAGCAGUGCAUCCUGGUAUUAUACUCAUGACACGGGUAGACUGUGCAUUGAAGAUAAAUACAAAGCUUUGUAGUAGAUUCUCUGUUAGCUAUUAUCCCAUGCUGCUUUGGGGUCCUCCUUCGAAAUUUGCAUCUGGCGCAUGGGAACCCAAACAAGAGAAGAGUGAGAUACAGUACAUUGAUGAUGGACGGACCUCAGAUCUCUUGCUUAAUUGGAUUAAUAAACGAAUAGGCAGUGUAUUCAGCUUGGAGGACGAGAAAUAUGAGAAUGAACAUCUGCUUCGGCUAAAUGUUUCAGAUCCUGGACAGGUUGCUCGAGCAGUAUAUGAUGUCGAGGAAGCAACAGCAGAUGCCUUUGACAUCAUCUUGGAACACAAGAUGAUCAAGUUGGAGACUCGAGCUCCACUUAUAAGGUUCCUUCAACUCUUGGUGGUUCAUCACCCUUCUAAGAGGUGCCGAAGAGGAAGUGCGGAAGUACUUACAAAUUUUGAUGAUUUGUGGCCAUUGGAUCCUGGGUCAGGCAGUGCACAAGAAGCUGUUAAUUCUCAUGAAAGAGAAGCACUCAAGAAUUUCAGAAUUUGCGGAAAACAAGUUCCUCGUGGAUAUUGGAUAUUUUGUCGCGGUAGCAAAAAUGACACCAGGGGCUUUAGCUGUGGCUUAUGGGUUCUACUACAUUCACUCUCGGUCAGAGUUGAGGCAGGGGAGAGCCAUUUGGCAUUUACAGCUACAUGCGAUUUCAUCCACAACUUCUUUAUCUGUGAGGAAUGCCGCCAACAUUUUUAUGAGAUGUGUUCGAGAGUUUCCACCCCGUUGAAUACAACACGGGACUAUGCCCUGUGGCUAUGGAGCACACACAACACAGUCAACGAGAGGCUAAUGAAAGAAGAGAAAUCAUUAGGAACUGGUGACCCAAAAUACCCAAAAAUGAUAUGGCCGCCAAAACAGCUUUGCCCGUCUUGUUAUCUCUCCACGAGCAGGAAAAACAAUGGAACAGUUCAUUGGAACAAGGAAGAAGUCUUCAAUUUCUUGGUUAGCUAUUAUGGGAAGACGCUCACGUUGGCAUCUAAAGACAACGGUCUAAGUGAAACUGCUGAAUCAGCCACAGAUGACACAACCACCUCAACGAAUGCAGUUGUGGCAGCGGCAUUGGCCAUUGGUCUUGCGAGCUGUGUGUUUGGGGUUCUUGCUUUUGUCUGGAGGGCACGGCAGAAGAGUCGGAAGUACAUACUACAACUGCACUCCCUCAAGAGAUAUGAUUAGGAGGGUAAUUGCCAUUUGUGGGCUCAUUAAAAGACAGUUAAUUCAUGAGAAUUUUCUGAAUGGCAUUGAUUAGUGAGAAUUGGCGGUUGUAAUUGUGUUUGUUGGGAGCUUUGAUCGGUAGUCUUUUGUUAUUUUGUUCUAACACUGCAGGCGGAGGAAGAACAGAACUGAGAUUUAUCCGGGACAAGACCCGGCAUUACCAUUAAUUAAGGUGCGGAGCUAGGGUUCUCAGUUUUUCCUCUUUUUUUUUUUUUUUAUAAAUAUUUUAAAGUACUUGCUGUUAGUUGUAUGCAUAUCUGUCAGUUGGGUUCUUUCAUUAGUCAUUUUGUGUGAGGUGUAUAAAAUCAUUUCAUAAUCUCAAUCAAAGAUAUCUUUCACAUUUCUAUAUA